UCGCCUUCCUCAACCUCGAGCCAUCUCGAACGCUAUGGCCAUGCAAGCGCUACGAGAGUCCGCCAAGACGCUCCGCAUUGGCAUGAUUGCCGGCGACGGCAUCGGCCGCAACGUCCUCCCUGCGGCGCAGCGCGUCCUCGAGGCCGUCCCGGGCAUCCCCAAGCCCACCUUUGUCGCCCUCGACGCCGGCUUCGAGCACUUCCAGAAGACGGGCACGGCGCUCCCCAAGGAGACGGUCGACACGCUCAAGUCCGAGUGCACGGCCGCCAUGUUCGGCGCCGUCUCGUCGCCGUCGCACAAGGUCGCCGGCUACUCGUCGCCCAUCGUCGCUCUUCGCAAGGAGAUGGACCUGUACGCCAACGUGCGCCCCGUCAAGAGCGUCGAGGGCCACGACCCGCGCAUGGUCGACAUGACGAUCGUCCGCGAGAACACCGAGUGCCUCUACGUCAAGCAGGAGACGAUCGAGGACACGCCCCAGGGCCGCGUCGCUCGCGCGACCCGCCAGAUCUCGGAGCGCGCGUCGACCCGCAUCGGCCGCAUGGCGUUCGAGAUUGCGCUCGCGGCCGCCCAGGUCAAGCAGCAGCGCGGUGCGGCGGCGAGCGCGUACGGCUGGACCGGCGGCCCGACCGUCACGAUCGUGCACAAGUCGAACGUCCUGAGCGUCACCGACGGCCUGUUCCGCGAGAGCGUCCGCAAGGUCGCAGCCGAGUACCCGAACGUCGAGGUCAACGAGCAGAUCGUCGACUCGCUCGUCUACCGCCUCUUCCGCGAGCCGGAGAAGCUCUCGACUCUCGUCUGCCCCAACCUCUACGGCGACAUCGUCUCUGACGGCGCCGCCGCUCUCGUUGGCUCGCUCGGCCUCGUCCCAUCGGUCAACGUCGGCGACUCGUUCAUCAUGGGCGAGCCCGUUCAUGGCUCGGCGCCCGACAUCGCCGACCGCGUCCCGUCCAUCGCCAACCCGAUCGCGUCGAUCCGGUCGGCGGCCCUCAUGCUCGAGUUCAUGGGCUACGUCGAGCCGGCGGCCAAGAUCUACGACGCCGUCGACAGCGCGAUUCGUGCGGGCCACGUCACGCCCGACCUCGGCGGCAAGCUGAGCACCGACGAGGUGACCGACGUCGUCCUCAAGGCGCUCUAGCUGGACGGCGGAACUUGUGUAGACGGUUCAGGUGUCGGAAAAAUGUUGCGCGUUCCGCAUUCUUUAGA